AUGAGAUGCUUAGAAGUGGUGUUGUCGAUCAGCUGGGCUGUGGUGCUGUUAGUGGAGGCAAAGAGCAGUGCUUAUUUUGGAGAAGGUUCAGGUCAAAUAUGGUUGGAUGAUGUAGCGUGUAGAGGGAAUGAAACUACACUGAGAAACUGUUCAGCACUACCAUUGGGAUCACACAACUGUGGACACUAUGAAGAUGCGGGAGUCAUCUGCCAAUUUGGCUGGACACAACCAACUGCAGCACCGAGUACAGCUACACCAGUGAUAUUGAACACGUCCAUCUCAGGAUUCAAAGAUAUCAGGCUGAUGAAUGGUGGCAGCGUGUGUUCUGGAAGAGUGGAGGUUCUUCAUAAUGGAGUUUGGGGAACUGUGUGUGAUGAUGGUUGGGAUCUCUCAGAUGCUGCAGUGGUGUGUCGACAGCUGGGUGCAGCAGAAACUAUAAACACAGCUGGACUAAUUCAGUCUUUAAACUGA